AUGUUUAGGUAUAAGGAUUUAACUUUAAUAGCUUUCGUUAUUUUGUUUUGUGAAAGUUCUUCAAAAUCAGCGCCGGACUACAUAAAACCUUGCCCGGGACUCAAGUCGGAAUGUCUCAAGAAAAAUAUUCAAGAAACUAUUCCGCACUUCGUAAAGGGCAUUCCAAGUUUAGGUAUCAACUCUACAGAUCCUUUAUUUGGUGAUCCAGUUCAUUUGGACCUUGCUGGGGGCCUGAAGAUUGAAUUCAAUGACGGUGUAAUUAAGGGCUUCAGAAAAUGCGUCGUCGAACAUGUUAAAUACGAAGGUUUGGAAGCACAACUAAACUUACGAUGUAGUUUAUCUCUGAAAGGAAAAUACAAAGCCACCGGUAGAGUUUUGAUCUUCGCUAUCAAUGGGGAAGGAGACGCUCGGAUAAAAACUCCGAACGUUGCCUUCUCCUGUAAAAUAACGUUUGAGGAUGUAACGCGUGACGGAGUUAUAUAUCGGGAGAUUAAAGACUAUAAAGCGUCAUACAGUUACGACGAUAAAGUAAAUUUCCAAUUUACGAAUCUUUUCAAAGGAAAUCCUGAACUCAGCGAUACAGUUUUGACCUUUAUCAACGAAAAUUGGAAACAAGUAUUGGAUGAAUUCGGAAAACCAAUCACGGAUACAAUCGUCAGUAUGGUAUUUAAUAUCAUAAAGAAGUUCUUCCACUCCAUACCCAGAGACGAACUCUAUGUUUCUUGA